UUCUAGAAGAAAGAAGAAGAAGAGAUAUAUCAAAGUGUCCACCUACCUCCUGACGUAUCAAGAUGUUGCCUUAGCGGCACCUAUUCGCGUUACACUGACCUGCCCGCACCGUCCUUCUUCGUGAAGACGUCCGGUAUAGACGUUGUGUCCAGACCUCAUCCAUUGCUGACACUGCACAUCGGCAUGGCAACGAAAUGUGUCCGCAAGGGCUGCGGCAAGACCUUUACAGACGCCGACGAGGUCUGUUACUACCACCCAGGACCACCCGAGUUUCACGAAGGCCAGAAAGGAUGGAAGUGCUGCAAGCCCCGUGUGCUCACCUUCGACGAGUUCAUGAACAUUCCACCCUGUACCACAGGCACACACUCGACCGUUGACGACACGCCGACCGUCCGCGAACCGGCGCAGACCGACGAACAGCUCGAAGCACAGAUCAGAAAAGCUGCGCCUACACCCACGCCCACGCAGGAUGAAAGCGCGCUGCCGCCUCCCGUCUCGCGGGCACCUCUGGCAGCCCCAACUGCCCGAGCCUCGACUACUCCCGCGCCGCCUGAAGACGAGGACGACGAUCCGAGCAUUCCCAUACCCCAGGGUGCAACGUGUAAGCGGAAGUCGUGUGGGGUGGUAUACCAAGACGGAAAGGAUCGAGAGGGGGAAGAAUGCGUGCAUCACCCGGGUCAAGCUCUUUUCCACGAAGGUAGCAAAGGCUGGACGUGCUGCAAACGACGCGUGCUCGAGUUUGACCAAUUCAUGAAAAUUGCUGGAUGUCGGACCAAGUCCCGACAUCUCUUUGUGGGCCGGGCCAAGGCUCCCGAUGAAGAGGAGGCAUUGAAGGAGGUGCGGAAUGACUUUUACCAGACAGCGACCUCGGUCAUAGCUUCGCUCUACCUGAAGAAGAUUGACAAGGAGAGGUCAAAGGUGAUAUUUGACGAAAGUGGCGGCACAGUGGAGCUGGAUUUACACACGAGCGAUGCCAAGUCAUACCAGACGAGAAUGGAGCUGUAUGGUCCCAUUAAGCCUGGCGAGAGCAAGUUCAAGGUUAUGGGCACGAAGCUAGAACUGACGCUGGCCAAAGCAGAUGGGCAAGGGUGGCCGGUGCUUCGAGCAGACGAUCCGCAUACGGGAGAGAUUAUUCAGGCGGGCAGAGCAGGGAGAGUCUGAAAAAAGGGCACGAGCAGAAGAUGGUGUUCAGCGAGGGCAUUGGCCACGAAGUUCAGCAUGCCCAGCAGAUAUAGCUCUCGAACUAUCUUGUCGCUUACUCUCCUGCGAGUAACUUUGUCACAUCAUGUCCUGUCAUGUCCCCUUGUCAUGUUAGAUAGAUACAUUUCGAACUAUUCAUUUUGAUUCCCCCAAUAUGACAUGUACCUUACUUACCUAAGGUACAGGUAUCAUCCCAACUUCUGCAAAUAUCCCUGCCUCACCAACCCUUCCACAUCACCGGCUCGCACAUAAAACUGACUAUUCUUGGUCAACGUAAUACUGCCAUAUUCCGUCUGAAUCUCGCCCGCAUCCUUCAACACGCGCACAUCAAUGAAAAUGUCCUGCGGAGGUUCCACACUCCCCGUCAAAUCAAUUUCUGUCCAUUGACCUUUGUACGCUGCGAGUAGAGAGGAAUAGGCAUGUGUAUAUUGUUCUUCUUCCGAUGAGAGAGUUGAUGUUGUUGUCGUCGUCGUCGUCAUCGUUUCUGAGAUUGUGUUGUUGUUGAUAUUUUGAUUUUGAUUAUUGUUGAUAUUCUCAUCAUCGUCGUUAUCAUCCAGGUUAUUCGAAUUCGAAGCAGAAGCAGAAGCAGCCAAAUUCCCCAACUCAACCACAUCCCUCCCCUCCCAACAGAACCCCUCCAAUUUCUCCGUCCUCGUCCGAUGAUAGGCGAGUAAACAUCUUUUAUUCCUCCUCAUAGACAAUUGAUUGACUAACAACGUACACGCCAAUUGAGGAUGUUCGUGUGGAUUGAACGAAGAAGUUGUGGUGGUGGAUGAUCUCGCGGUAUUGCUAUUGUUGGUGUUGUUGAUGGCAAAAGGUGCCAAAAGCGUAUUGAUUUCGCGAUCUAAAUCUCGGACUUCUUUGGUUACGGCGCGGAUCACGGUGGUGUUGUAAGGGGGUAGAUGGGGAAGGUUUUCGGUGCGGCGGGCGUCGUGGACGAGUUUGAGGGCUUGUUCGGCGUACAUCUUUGUUUGUUUUCUUGUCGAAGAAGCGGGAGAGGUAGAGAGGUUCCA